CUUCAGCUUCCCCUGCCCUAUAAAAUUCCCUGAUCGUAACUUCGUUCACUUCGCCACCCAUCUCAAUUUGGUGAAUUCUUAUUUUCCCUCUCAUUUUGUACUCUCUCCUCAAAAUUCUCCCUUUUUUGUGCCAUUUAACCAAACAUCGUCCUAAAUCAAGCAGAGUGUAGAUUUUCCUUCUCUCAAACAAAUGGGCGUUGUUGUUCUUAACCCUAAGGAUUCCCACCGGAAUCUUUUAUUUUCCUGGCAAGAUUUGACAUCGCCGCCUCCUCGCAUGAGACUUCCCAGAAACCCAAAUGGUUCAAAAUCAAUGCAGCCGAAUCGGCCUCGAAAUAAUCGCAGGAAAAGGAGCCCCAACACCUCACAUUCCCCACGCGCCGCCGUUGAUGCUCCGCAGUUCCCAGACAAAAACCUGGUCAUGGGCCAUGUCAAAAUUCUCAAGCCCGGCGAGCAAUUUGCUAAAACGGUGCCGGAUGAGGUGUCCGUGUCUGCUGAAGUUGAGAAAACUGAAGAUCUUUUAUUGGGUUCGACUCAUUGUCUUGGCCUCGAUCCUGAACUGCUGCCAACUCACAUCGAACUCGCUGAUUCUAAAGUUAAUGGCUUUUAUGCUGGAUCAGCCCUUAUUGCUCCACCGUCGCCCACUUCUCUUCCUUUGCCGGCUUCUUUAAUGAAAAAAUGUGAUGUGGGUGUGAAGAACAACGAUGCUACUAGUUAUUUACGACAGAUUUUAGGCCUCACCUUAUUCUGAUAGGCCAUGAAAGAUAGGGAUUUGAUGCGAAUGCUUUUCUUUUUGUGUUUGCAACUGAUCUUCUCUUAUUUUUUCAAGGGGAAGAUCGAGUUGGCUUACUAAGCUGUGUGAUUAGGAUUACGGUUAGCUAAAUUAAUCAGCAUAAGAUAUACAAGGUAUGUACAUUGGGAUUUCAGUUGUGGAUUUAGAUUUCAGGGAUUGGAUAUGCAGAUGCUCUAAUUGUACCUGGAAAUUAGAUUUUUUUUUUUUGGUCUUAUCUUGUAUGCAUCUAUUGGCUGUCUCAAUAAUAUUUUUGUUUUUAAUGUUAA